CCACAAAUAUUCAUAGCAUAAUAGCAAAUCCAUCGUACAUUUCUCAACGAUUACACAUAGAUUUUCAACAUCAAUCACUAGAACAAUACAUCAUAGAGGAAUAACAAAUCUAAAACGGAGAUUUCAAGAGAAAAAUGGAUCCAGAUCUAAACAGAGGAACUCCACCUACGGGAUCAGGCUCUGCUCAUCACCUUCACCACCUCUCUCGAAGUCCCUCAGUUCCAGAAAAUUACAUAGGAAAGGGGAAAUUCCUGCUCUAACCGCAAUACUCCUCUUUUCUUUCUUUGCCGUCAACACCAAACCCAGGCAAAAGGAAAAAAAAGAAAACCCCAGAACCAAGAAAAACAAAAGAAACGCCCCUCCCUAUUUCAGAUUUCUGUCUUCUGCUUCUCUCUUUUUUUUUUUUUUUUCACAAUGACAAGAAGAAAAUGAAACCCAGAAAAGAACCAGAACCCAGAAGAGAAAAACCAAAAGAAAACUUAAAAAAACAAACCAAAUCCGAAAAUCAACCCCCAAAAGACCUCUGCCUUUUGCUCUAUAUAUACCCAAACAACAAAAUAAAAUAAAAAUGAAAAAGGCUUGCUCCGUCAAUCAUUAAUGAUGCCAAUUUUGUCUGGUAUUGGCUGUUUUUUUCUGUAUGGCUGUAGCGUGCAAGAGGCAAGGGCAUGGGAUUGGGGCGCAAACUGCAGGAGGCGCAGCAAUAGGGGCGCAGGCGGCAAGGGCAGGGCUCAGUGCAGCAGAGGGGGGGUUGGCUUGGUGUGCAGGGGAGGUAUGAUUGCUGGAAGUGGGCUCAGGCGUGUAGGGGUGUAUGAUUUCUGGGAUCUAGGCGCAGAAGGCACGGUCGGGUGCAAGGCAGGGGAUCUAGGCUCGAGGCAGAGGAGGGUGCAGGCUGUGGCAUGUUCGGGUGCAGCAGCAGGGGCGCAGGCAGCAGGGCUAGGGGUUUGGGCUCGGUGCGUAGCAAGCAAGGAGGAGCAGAAGCGUGCAGGGCAGGGGGAGCAGAGCAAAGGGGAUCUAGGUAAUGGUGGGCUUGGGUUUGGGGUAAUGGUGGGCUUGGGUUUUUAGGUUUUGAGUUUUUGUGGGUUUUGGGUUUGGGUUUGAGGCUUCAAAAUUGGAAUGGGAUGGUGUUGGAUUGAGCUAGGCUCAAUAUUGGGUAUGGGGUGGACUUGUAAAUUUGUCUUGAUGAACUUCACCCCUCCAACUUUUGAUUUCUUCAAUUGAGUCCCUUGUUUUAAUUUCUUUCAUCUCCCUUUUCCAAUUUUCUUUGAAAAAUCCCCCUUUUUGCCCCAGAACCUAAUAAGGAAAACAAAAACAAAACAUAUUAGUUAAAAUAAAAAUAAAAAUAAAAUUCUACU